GUUCCGCCGAUGUGCUGGUCGCUGCUCCACCUUCCACCGUCCCCACCCAACCGCUCAACUUCCCUUUCAUAAAAGAUAAAAGAUUGCAACCUCGUCCUUUCACCCCUUCAUUUAGUUGGCUUUCCUGAGCACACAGUACUUGUGCACCAAUAGAGCAACAUGCGUUCUUCCACCAUUGUGACCACUGAUGACAAUGGCACUGCCGGGCUGCAGCAAUAUCUUGAUCACCUCAACAGCUUCGAAGGGCCAGAACAAUCCGUCGGUGCAGCUGGAGUUCCAAGAGUUGCCGACAAGGCAGAAAACAACAACGAAGUCAAAGAGGACGCUGUUGAACAUCUUAAGAAGCGCAAAGAGGGUGACAACUUGUCUGGAAUCUUGACUAUCUCACCUUCUAGUAAUGCACCACUUGUCAAAGCUUUAGAACAGCAAAGAAUCAGCACAUUGAUUCCUACUCCCCUAGGGAAGUGCAGUGAAUCCAACAAUCAGAACCCAGAGAGCAGUUACUAUGUACCAAGAGACCAAGACACUGUCGAAGUAUUGAAUACUAGUAGCAUCCAGCCUCUUCCUCUUCGACAAAACAACAAUGUCGACCUGGCGUCCCAAUCAGAAGCUGGUGCAUAUGCCAUUCAAAGCCCAUUCUUUCGACAAGCACAAGUCCAGUCCAUUAAUGAUGAUACAGACGACCUUGAAAACCCUAAUUCUCCACCGCUACAGUUAGACAACUCUGCUGACAGCUUGGUGGAGGCACAUCUGGUCGAGGAGACUGAGACCGAAAUUGUCCAUGCCGAGAAGGUACCAAUCGAGCCAAGCCACCCGAACAGACGAAACAGGAUCAUCCUGUUCAUUGCAGUACUCAUAAUUGUAGCUCUCCUUGUAGUCCUGGGCAUCACAAUGAGGAGAGGAGCAAAAGAGGCACAGAGCAAGGCAGACACAGAAACUACUUCCAAAAUCCGAAAUCAAGGUAAUGAAAGCUCAGUGGCAAGCAAUGACACUAUUACAAUCAUUGAGAGUGGGAGCACCAGCACCAGCACCAGCAAAAACAGCACUGAAGGUAAACAACAACGGUGUAUCAGGACUACAGAAGAACUCUACCAAACCAUCACUAAAUACUGGGAAGACACAAGCACAAACUCGAAUGUAUCAAUUAUGUAUGGCUGGCCAAUGAACAAGUGGUGUGGCAUAUCCAAUAUUACCAUCUUUAAUCAUCUCUUCAAAGUGAGCAAACAGAGGGUUGACUAUGACUCCAUCAUGCCUGCUAACUUGACUGACAAAGCUAUGAUUACAGCUUCCAACAUGGUAGAGGAUAUCGGGUCCUGGGACAUGAGGAGAGCUCGAAGAAUUGAGUUCAUGUUUGAGGGAUUGCAGAAUGUAUCUGAAAGCUGGGGAAUUCAGAAAUGGGAUACCACCAGUCUUAUCAGCAUGAAAGGAGUCUUCAAGAAUACGUCAUGGACCCUUCCAAUGCUAAAUUUAAGUUCUUGGGACACCUCCAAGGUCCAAAACAUGGCCCAAUUGUUCCUGGAUUCAAAUGUCCAACGUCCAGGAAUUGCACAGUGGGAUACUGCAGAACUACAAACCAUGUUCCGAUUUGCAGAUGGCAACCCAUACUUUAAUGAAAAUUUGAGCAACUGGAACACUGGAUCUGUCACAACAAUGCAGAAGGCUUUCAAGCGCUGCACAAACUUUGACCAAGACUUGAGUGGCUGGAAUACCAUGUCAGUGAAGCAGCUGAGCCAGACAUUCUGGGGAGCUACAAGCUUCCACAGCAACAUCGGCCAAUGGGAUGUUUCAAAUGUUGAGACUCUCUUUGGAACUUUCAAAGAAUCCAACUUCAACAAUGAUAUUACCUCAUGGAAUGUGGCUAAGGUCACUGACAUGCAGCAGACAUUCCAGCACAAUGAAGCCUUUAAUCAAGACAUUUCAGCCUGGAAUGUGUCACAGGUUACGGAUCUGCAAUGGACCUUUGCUGGGGCGUCCUCCUUCUCUCAAGAUUUAUGUGCUUGGCGAUUCAGCCUUCCAACAGGUAUUCCAACCAAAAACAUGUUUCAAAAUAGUGGUUGUCCAAAUACUUCUGAUCCUGUCAGCAUUGAAGAGGGGCCAUUCUGCUUUAACUGCAACUAAGAAAAGACAUUUAGAUGGUGAUUUCUUGCUGUAGGUAAUCAGAUCACAUCUCCUGCCUUUGUGAAUGAGACUAGCAGAAUGCACCACUAGAAGCUGACAAGCUAGAGGCUUUGUAUUCAAUCUAUUCUUUAGCUCUUUCAUGG